GCAGACCCUCCGCUCCGCCAGCGAGAAGGCAGCUCCAAAACAAAAAGGCGAUUCCGGGAGGUGGCGUCCUGAGGAAGGAGGGGAUCGCCAAAGGGGAGGGUCCCAGGCCGUCCAGGUCUUGGUGCGCCGCGGCGGAAAUCGCGCGGACGCCAGAACGCGCUCUCAGCUUCGGGUCCUGCCGCUGCGGCUGCCGCCAUCAUGGUGCGGAAGCUUAAGUUCCACGAGCAGAAGCUGCUGAAGCAGGUGGACUUCCUGAACUGGGAGGUCACCGACCACAACCUGCACGAGCUGCGCGUGCUGCGGCGUUACCGGCUGCAGCGGCGGGAGGACUACACGCGCUACAACCAGCUGAGCCGUGCCGUGCGUGAGCUGGCGCGGCGCCUGCGCGACCUGCCCGAACGCGACCAGUUCCGCGUGCGCGCUUCGGCCGCGCUGCUGGACAAGCUGUAUGCUCUCGGCUUGGUGCCCACGCGCGGUUCGCUGGAGCUCUGCGACUUCGUCACGGCCUCGUCCUUCUGCCGCCGCCGCCUCCCCACCGUGCUCCUCAAGCUGCGCAUGGCGCAGCACCUUCAGGCUGCCGUGGCCUUUGUGGAGCAAGGUCACGUACGCGUGGGCCCUGACGUGGUUACCGACCCCGCCUUCCUUGUCACGCGCAGCAUGGAGGACUUUGUCACUUGGGUGGACUCGUCCAAGAUCAAGCGGCACGUGCUGGAGUACAAUGAGGAGCGCGAUGACUUCGAUCUGGAAGCCUAGCGGAUCUCCCACUUUGCAUGGCUGUCUUUUACAGAUGGGAAAACUGAGGCCUGAUGCUGGAGAUUCUAUGAGGGUGCUCUCCUCAAGGGUAUCAGACGGUCGAAGGUUCUUAAGAAUUUGAUUCAUCAGUGGCAGGCCAUGCAUAGAGCCACGGGAGGUGCGUCCUUGUUUUCCAGGAAAUGUUCUUAGAAGUUGGACUACUUAUUAUUGACUGUGCCUUGGGAAACAGUGGGAAGUAACUUGGUGCUGCACUGGGGUAUUGUUGGCUUCUUGUGUUGGAAACUUUGUAAUGUAAAAGGAAAAACUGGAAAUCCCCACGCCCUGUUUCCCUUUAUCGUCUUGUGGUUGGACUGGUUCAAUUCGUUUAACUCGAAUUCUUGCUCCUGGCCGUGGUUAAGCUGUGUACAGAUGAUGGAGAGUUUGGCCUCAAGUUUUUAUAAACUGAGCGAGACUAGUGUUCAGGAUCUCCUCCCUUGUUUAAAUGUCAAUAAAUGCCCCAACUGCUUUGUAAGUGCAA